AUGGCGGCGUCCCCGGCGGCCGGCAGUGCUGUGCGGGGCCGCGGGGCCACCAGCUUCCAGCGGAAGGCUGCGGCCAGCAGCCGCCUGGCCGCCGUUGCGGGCACUCGGCCUUCCGUUCGCCACGGGCAGCUGCUGCUCUCCAGCGGGCUCCCCUCCUUGGACUGUGUGCUAGGUGGAGGUGUAGCUGUUGGAACCCUUCUUCUUAUUGAAGAAGAUAAAUACGGUCUUUACUCCAAUUUGUUGUUCAAGUAUUUUCUCGCAGAGGGAGUUGUCUGUGGACAUGAGUUGUUUGUUGCUUCCGCUAAAGAGCAUCCUGACAGCAUCUUAAAGGUACUUCCAACCCCUUUGCUUGAUGAUACCUACAGAAGUAAAUCAGAAGAAACAACAGGUUUUAAGUCUGAAGAUUUUCAGGAUUCUAUGAAAAUAGCAUGGCGCUACCAAAAUUUGCCGAAAAUAGAGGCCAGCCCAACAACAUCUACAAAGUUUGGCCAUUAUUACGAUGUUUCUAAAACAAUGUCUCCAGAACUGUUUCAGUCCGUAAAAUGGCACAGUUUUUACCUUCCUGAAGAAUCAUCUUUACCAAUUGAAAUGAAAACAUGUAAUAUGAACAGUGCUUACGCAAGGCUGCUUCAGUCCAUUCAGAGGAUCAUUUAUCAGGAAGGGUUUGAUGGCUCCAAUCCCCAGAAAAAACAAAAGAAUAUUUUGCGGAUAGGAAUUCAGAGUCUGGGUUCCCUGUUGUGGGGUGAUGACAUUUGUAGCAGUGAUACUCCCGAAGAUAUUCAUAGCCUUACAAAAUUUCUCUAUGUUCUCCGAGGCCUUCUCAGAAAAUCUCUGUCAGCCUGCAUCAUCACAGUGCCUGCUCACCUUAUCCAGAAUAAAGCAAUUAUGGAACGUGUAACAAACUUGUCAGAUAUGGUGGUUGGUCUUGAAUCAUUUAUUGGCUCUGAGAGAGAAACCAAUCCAUUAUACAAGGAUUACCAUGGUUUGGUUCAUGUACGUCAGAUUCCUCGGCUUAAUAGCUUGAUCUGUGAUGUGUCAGACACGAAGGACCUUGCUUUUAGAUUAAAAAGGAAGCUGUUCACCAUCGAG